CUGCACUAGAAAUCCGUACGAAUAUUUUUCGAAUAUUCGUUUUUUGAGGGCAAUAUUGACUGAAAGUAAUAAGGGUGCGUCCCGGGAGCAGAGGGCGCGGCUGCGGAGGUGCAGGCGGCAGCCCACAUGACCGCGUGACGGGACCUCGCCGCCCAAGCUGGCGCUGGCGCCGGCGCAGCCGCUGACCGCCGUCAGGUGACGAUGAUGUCGCGGGCGGAGGGCCGCGUCAAGGAGGAGGUGGAGCCGCUGUGCUCGCCGUCCAACAGCGGCGGCAGCCUCUACUCGCCGUGCACCACGACGGCGCUGCCCGGCGACGUAGAAUUUUGUGAAGAAGAGGGGCAGAGGUACAAUGUCUCAGGCACGUGUUCACCAAGUGGAGGAAGUCCUGACAGGCAAUACUGCAGCUCCACAACACAACCUGGUCCUGGCAAUGCUGAAGAGGGCAUGAAGGAGGAGGAUCUUCCAAGAAGACUGUGCUUAGUUUGUGGAGAUACAGCAUCAGGGUUCCACUACGGUGUUGCCUCUUGUGAGGCGUGCAAGGCUUUCUUCAAGAGAACAAUUCAAGGUAACAUUGAGUACACCUGCCCUGCAUCAAAUGACUGUGAAAUAAACAAGCGCCGACGUAAAGCGUGUCAAGCCUGUAGGUUCCAGAAGUGCUUGCGAAUGGGUAUGCUGAAGGAAGGUGUGCGUUUAGAUAGAGUGCGAGGUGGGCGGCAGAAAUACCGUCGAAAUCCAGACACAUUGUUCCCAAGUACUCAACCUCAACACUUCUCUAUGCAACCUGGGAAACCAGCACCAACACUUGAAGAUAACAAAAUUUUAGAAGCAUUAUCAGCUUGUGAACCUGACAUGCUGUCUGCAUCUCCGGACACAACAGUAUCCGAUCCUGACUUACGGACAAUAAGCACCCUUAGUGACCUUUAUGACCGUGAGCUUGUGGGCAUCAUUGGCUGGGCUAAGCAGAUACCUGGAUUCAUGGAAUUGUCACUGAAUGAUCAGAUGAGGCUACUUCAGAGUACAUGGGCAGAAAUCCUUACUUUAACACUGACCUUUCGAUCACUUACAUCUGGUGGUCGCCUCAGGUUUGCAUUGGAUUUCAGUCUAGAGGAACAAGCUGCACGUGAUUGUGGUGCCAUUGAGCUUUAUCAGCAUUGUAUGCAGGUUAUAGAGCGACUACAAGCUGUCUCAGUCAGUAAGGAAGAAUAUUAUCUACUCAAGGCACUUGUGCUGGCAAAUUCAGAUGUGCACAUGGAUGAUGCUGUGUCACUAAAGAGGUUUCGUGAUAGCAUUUUAUCAGCACUGAGUGACUGUGUUGCAGUCAUCAGGCCAGGAUCACCAUUACAUCACACACAACACCUGUUACUGCUACUGCCUGCCUUGCGUCAAGCAGAUCACGUCGUUAGACGCUUCUGGAGCAUGGUGAACCGUGAGGGAAAGGUACCCAUGAAUAAACUCUUUGUUGAGAUGCUGGAAGCAUGUUUUCGAUGAAGGAGUCCACAAAGAGCUGCCUAGUAAAUGGUGUGACGAACCCAAUCUGUAUCUCGUGCCUUUGUCAGUCAUUGUCUGCACAUUAUUAAGAUUAUUGAAAGUAAAAUGCAGCUUCCUAAAAUUGUAUCUGCAUUGUUCAUAGAAUUUUCAUGACAUGCAGUUUUACUGUUGACAUUUGGUUAAACAAAUGAAACAUUUGGAAGAUGCUUAUGUACAUGUGGGAUUUAUUACUCGAAUUGUUGUAAUUACUUUACAUUUUUGUGCAGUUACAGUUUUUAACAACCUUUUUCCAUCCCCAGUUACAAAAAUACUGCCAGAAAUUCUUUGAUCCUUUCAAAAUAAUUUGUUGUUCUCCAGUUAAAGUCUUGUUUUAAAAUGUAGUAAUUACGUAUCAUAAUGUGUAGCAUUAAUAGUUUUGUCACAGUACUGCAAAAAUAUAUAUUACAGACAACCAUGGCUGCUACUUACAUAGGAAAAUUGAAAAUCUCGUAACGUGUAAUACAAAGUGUUGUUGCUAUUGGAGUUACACAUAUCCUCAGAAUUAGAUGUUAUUGAUUUGUUACACUGUAAUGUAAGACCAACUAUAGGCUUAUUUUUUGAUAAUGUUGGGAAUGGCUGAUGAGCAAAAGUUAACCGCACCAUUAUGAAGCUCCUCUUUGUCCAUUGUGUUUCAUCUCUUGUUUCAGAAUUUUUUAGUACUCUACCUUGUACCAUAUAUGUGUGUAAGUGGUUUGCUCUAGGUAUGUGUGCUAGAUGUACAGAACUGAAUAUUUAAGAGACGGGCCUAAUGGGGCAGCAUAAUAGAGUGAACCACAUCUUGAAGAAAUCAAGAGCAGCAAAUUGCAGUGUUUAACAAAGGAAAAACAGAGAAGAAAUGAUACUGUUAGAAGACAGUGAAUUAUGAGUGAUAUUUAUAGCAUACGAACUGAAUUGGGGGCUUGUUUGAGUGUUGUGAUGUAACAUUUCUUGUCUGUCCUUUGUUCUGCAUUUUUCCUUAUUCAUUGCAUGGUUCUGUGUUGCAGGUUAAACACAUUGUAAUCUUGUGCUCAAAUGUUUAUCCGAAGUGAAAAAUCAAAUGUAAAAAUUGAUUCAGCUUUAUCAUUUGGGAGUACUUCUUUUGAAGUUGCAGUGUUCCUUUUGUUCGUUUUAAUAACUUACUACAAAAUGAGUUCAUGUUUUGCAGCAGAGUAUUUCAGAUGAAAAGAUUCAACAAGCUUAAUUUGUUGUAGCAUCUUUGAAGUAGCUCAACAUUUUUCAAACUUAAGUCUGUGAAGUCAUCCUCAUAAAGUUGCUCUUAGUAGAAAGUUCAGCAAACUGUUUGUUUGGUCUACAUCUAUUAGCUUUAAGGUUUUGUAAUUCAAUGUAAAUGUAAAUAUUCAUCAUCAUUAGUUAGGUCCAUAGUUUGUUCCAAAAUAUCUAUUGCUGCCUUCAUGACAUCUCAGGUAUGGUAUAAAAUGCUUCAAAUCCUCUUCAAUAUGAAAAAGAAUUCAUAGUUCUGAAAUGUAGGAGAACGAAUAUUAAUGGUGGCAGUUUGUAAAAGAUCAGCCUGUAGUAUGAUUUACCAUGAUGAUGUGUAUUGUUGGCUAUAAUCUGACAUUUUGUGCAGAAUGAUUGUGAUGUGUUUUUUACAACAAACAGUGCAGCCAGUAUGAAAUGUGUUCUGAUGUAAAACAAGAAUAUGCUGAACAGUUGACAGUAUGAGUUUGUACACAACAAAUAAAAAAUAUAUAUAUUAGAUAUGGGGAGGCAAACAUAUGAGAAAGUUGUGAAAGCAGUUACUUCUCCACCAUAGCCAGAAUUUCCUGCAAGAAAGAAAAUUUGAAGCUAGGGAUACAUCUGUCCCUACCCGAUUUGUUGGAUGACUUUUAAGUUCUCAUAUUGUCAACAUAGUUGUGGAAACAAAAAGAUGUAUUCUCCCAUGAGAAUAUUAAUGCACUUUUCAGGCUGUUACAUAAUACAUAAUAUAUGGUUUGAAAACAGAUAAUACUCUGUGUAAAUGCGACAACUGGCUGUGAUGUUAAUUCUUUUGAAUCUGCAGAAAUUGACUACAAAAUAGUUUAUUUUAUUGUCAGAGGGAAAACAAAAUUUAUAUUUGUUGAUUAGUAGUUAGCUCUUAUGGCGGGUCUGUGCACACAUAAUUAUAUGGAUCAAUUCACAGUGGUACAUCAGUUCAGAUGAAGUUGUUUAUAUCAAUCUUUGUUUUAUGAUGCCAAGGUCUUUUGUAAUUAGGAAACAAUGUUUCACUUCACAUCACCCUUAAAGUAAACUUGCAGAUCGAGGAUCUGUUAAUGCCAAGACAACAAAAACUGUGUCUUUGCUUGCACACAAAACAUAUUGUUCAAAAUGUAAAUAGUGAUUGUGCAAAAGAAACAAAAGAAAAUAUUUAUUAAUGUUGUUGUGCCAGGCAAACUUUAUUUUUUUUAAAGACUUAACCAUCGUUAUAUCUUACUUUCUGUACUUCUAAAGCCAUUUUCACCAGGACUGUAAUCAAAGGAAAAUAUUGAAUGUCUGCUACUCUGAUUUUAUAUUAUUUUGUUAUCACCUACCCUUAGAAUAGCAUGAUUUUUGUUCCAGAGUGAUAAGUAUUUUUCAAAUGCUUGAGUGUCUUAUAGUUGCUGAUUGGUGAGCCACCACAGUCUGAUAAGCCUUGUUCAGUCAUUAGAACUAAGUUCAAUGUAAAACAAGUGUUGAAAUAUGUAACAUGGUCUACAUAAAUCACAAUUUCUGAUUUGGAA